UGAAAGUCUGAUUGCAUGUAUAUCCUCUCCGUUCUUUUGCAGUCAGCUGCCCUCAUUGGAGAUUUCAACAAUUGGGACGCAAAUGCUGACAUUAUGACUCGGAAUGAAUUUGGUGUCUGGGAGAUUUUUCUGCCAAAUAAUGUGGAUGGUUCUCCAGCAAUUCCUCAUGGGUCCAGAGUGAAGAUACGUAUGGACACUCCAUCAGGUGUUAAGGAUUCCAUUCCUGCUUGGAUCAACUACUCUUUACAGCUUCCUGAUGAAAUUCCAUAUAAUGGAAUAUAUUAUGAUCCACCCGAAGAGGUUACACUCUUCUCUCUGUUGUUGCUAAUAGCCUAGAAUAUUGUCUUGUAU